UAAGGCAAGUUGUUUCCAGACUCAAAUCCUUUACUUUCUUCACCCUUUUCUUCUGUGAUCUUCUCAAGCUUUCUGGCCACAAUGGCUAUUCGCUUGCCUGGUUAUACAAAUGCCAACUCUUUUGCAAAGAAACCAAUUCCAACAUUUAUAGAUGUUCCAAAAGGUCAAAAUCAGAAAUUUUUUGGCAGAACUUCUCGUCCAAAAGAAUAUUGUGAGGCUUUAGGUCAAAAUGCAAGUUUCGUGUGUCGAAGCGUCUAUCUCGUUAAAGAAAAAAGGCGGUCAGAGAGAGUCGGCAUGGAGGGCGCGUCAGAAUUGGUGGCAUUCCCGCUCCUGACGACGCCGAUUGAGUCGAACUAUAGAGCGUGCACCAUUCCCUACCGGUUCCCCUCCGAUAACCCUCGCAAGCCCACCCCUGCGGAGCUCGCUUGGAUCGACCUUUUCCGCAAUUCCAUUUCUUCCUUCAAGAAACGAGCAGAGAGUGAUCCUACAGUUCGCGAUGCUAAUACUAAAGCUGAAAUGUUCGCUCGAAGGUAUUCUGAAAUACUUGAGGACUUCAAGAAAGAUCCUGAGGCUCAUGGAGGGCCACCUGAUUGCACUCUUCUGUGCAGACUUCGUGAGCAAGUCCUUAGAGAAUUAGGAUUCAAGGAUAUAUUUAAGAGAGUGAAGGAUGAAGAGAAUGCAAAGGCUAUAUCCCUAUUUGCGGAUGUAGUUCGUCUUAAUGAUGCCAUUGAAGAUGGAGGUAAGCGUCUGGAGAAUCUGUUGAGAGGAGUAUUGGCGGGAAACAUAUUCGAUCUCGGUUCUGCACAGCUUGAAGAGGUUUUCUCAAAUGACGGAAUGUCCUUUUUAGCUACUUGUCAAAAUCUUGUCCCUCGACCUUGGGUUAUUGAUGACUUGGACACUUUCAAAUUGAAAUGGAACAAGAAAUCUUCGAAGAAGGUUAUCAUUUUUGUUGAUAAUUCCGGUGCAGAUAUCAUUUUGGGUAUUUUGCCAUUUGCAAGAGAAUUACUACGACUUGGCAUGCAGGUUGUUUUGGCAGCCAAUGACUUGCCUUCUGUAAAUGAUGUAACUUACCCUGAACUGGUUGAGAUUAUAUCAAAGCUGAAGGAUGAACAUGGGCAGCUCAUGGGUGUUGAUACUUCAAAUCUGUUAAUUGCCAAUUCUGGUAAUGAUUUGCCGGUUAUUGAUCUUACAAGAGUUUCACCAAAGUUCGCCCAUCUAGCAAGUGAUGCAGACCUGGUUAUCAUGGAAGGGAUGGGUCGUGGAAUAGAGACAAAUCUUUAUGCUCAAUUUAAGUGUGAUUCCCUCAAGAUUGGGAUGGUGAAACAUCCAGAGGUCGCCGAGUUUCUUGGAGGACGACUUUAUGAUUGUGUCUUCAAAUACAAUGAAGUUUUAUAAGUUUAUAAAUUAUAAUGUCAUUCUUGUACUGCUAUUUCUGAUUGCUCAGAAUUAGCCUUGCAGUACACUAGCGUUCGUUGUCACUGCCUAGAAGAAUGAUUUCUUUGAACUUUUAAAGUCUGUCAUAUUUUAUUUUGGAUGAAUAAAGUCUGUCAUUUUUAUAAAUAACUAGGGGAAUUCUUUUCAAGCAGCACAAACUUCUUUCCUGGACAUGAUUUCUGUGAAUGUGUUAUGCUUGAGAAGAAAUGAAAAGAAAGGAAGAGAAGAAUAAACAAAGCAUAGAAGUGAGAAGCGUGGAAGACUCUCGAAGGUCACGUGGCAUUCCAGGAGAAAUAAUGCAAGACAGCGGUUAGGCCGUUAGGCUAAUCUAAACGGUGCGUUUUGGAUGAUGGAUUCAUUGUAUUGAAAGGAGUUGUCACGCACGUUUCUGAUGUACCAGGAAACGUGUGUAGGCCUUAAAAUAUUUAUCAAGCGUCUUCCAGAGUUGGUUCGGAUUGUAUCAGUUUCGAUUUUGUAUUUUUUUCUGAAGAAUUUUUCAACCAUUUUAUUGAGGUAGGAACAUAAGAAGCUCAGCUCAUA